CCGCCGCUCCAGCCGCGCAGGCAGUGCACCUCCUGCUGUCGUGCGGGUUGCCGCUUACCCCGGGGGCUGGGCCGAGCCGAGCCGCGAACGCGCAGCCUUGUUUUGUUUGUGUGACCCAGAGCGCGCGGGCUGGGGCGGGCGCGCGUGCGACCAUUUGCGUGUGUGCGUGUGUGUGCGUGCGUGGCUGUGUGUGAGAGAAAGACUACUGAUCUGAUGUGUGUGCUUCUGAGCGAAAAAGAGAGAGGUGUAUGAGAGUGUGAGUGAGCGACAGUGAACCAAAGUCCGACGAGGCCGGAAUACACUCGGUGCCUUGUGCGUGCGCACAGGCACGGGCGGGCCCCCCAGAAAUGGGAGUCCUCAGUUUCCGUUACCCUGGAUCGUCAGGUGCAUGGCGGCUCCCGCAGCGAGCAGUGGUGAGCCGACAGGCCGGCAGUGAAGUGAAGAGGAGCAGCACUCAGUGACCAACUCGACCAGAACUCUCCACCCCAGCCGCAGCCAUGCACUCCAUGGGGCUGCACUCGGCGCUCGCCAUCAAGCGGCAGCGCAAGCGACGCGACGAGCAGCGGAAGGCGCGAGAGCGCCGCUACUCGCAGCAGUCCAACGAGUCCGGGCUGGGCGAGAGCAACUCGAGCUUCGUGUCGCCGCGCUCCUCCGUGCGGGGCCGGCGCCGGCACCACAGCUCCAACGUGCCCGACUCCAUGGUCGAGAACAAGAUGAUGUCUUCGGUGGGCAUGCUCCACAUUGGCGUGGUCUUUCUGGUGCUGGGGGGCUUCCUGUUGGGGUCCGGGCUGCUGCCCGAUGACAUCACGUCGUGGAGCCAAUUCCACACGACCCUCUGGUGGAACGAGCUGACUAUCGCUGGCGGGUGCGCCAUCCUGCUCGGGGUCUUCCUGAUCGUGCUGAACCGUUACGUGGCGCAGCGUGAGGAGGACGACCUCACCGAGUACGUGCAGCGCCAGCUCACCCGCUCGCGCUCCGGGCACCGGCUGGUGCGUGACGUGGAGACGGGCGCGCUCACCAACAAGCACCACGCCCUGGCCCGCGCCGCGCGCACGCCCAGCGACAGCGACGAGGUGUUCACGGAGCGCGCCGACCGGGCCUCCGACAGCGCUGUGGACGCGAGCCUGUCGCCGCUGCAGAGCCCCACGAUGCGCUCGCCACCGCCGUCGGCCCACCACCACCUGCACUGCGACCUGGAGCAGAUCCUGGAGGAGGACGGCGUCAGCGACCGCAUGAGCCACGUCGGCGACCUCAUGGCUCCCAGCCCGGCGUCCGCCUUCAGCCCAGCCGGCAUCAGCCCCGGCUCGGGCCCUGCCUCGCCGUCCGAGACCCGCGAGCUGCUGCACCACGGAGGCUACCACGGCGCCCACCACGGAGUGCACCACGGGCGGCACGACAGCGGGCACGGCCGACACGACAGUGGGCAUGCGCGGCACGACAGUGGCCACGGCCAUCACGAAGGCGCUGGCCACCACGACAGCAACCACCAACCGCACAUACCCUAUGGACAUCAACAUCCCACCCACCACGUGGUGGCGAUCUGAGCGCGGAUGGCAGACACAGAGGCCUCCCUCCCCCCUGCCCUCCCCCUUCCUUACCGUGCACGGCCCCGCUGCCCCGCAUUGUGUGUAUUCUAAUUCCCUCGUCCUCUUCUCUUCCUAGCGCACGCCCUCCCCACACCCCUCCUGCGGCCUUACUAGGCCAGGAGGGGUGGGGGUAGAAGGCGAGGGGGCGCUUGUACCAACCAUCCUGUCGCGUGACUUUAUCGCUACUCUACGCGCGUGUGUGUGCGCGUGUCUCUUGAGAGCGUGUUGGUGCAUGUCUCUCUCUCUCUGUGUGUGUGUGUAUAUGUGUGUGUGCGUGUCUGUUGAGAGCGUGUUUUGUGUAUGUCGGUGUGUACUUUGCUCAACUUAUCUAGCAAAACUACUUCUCUUUUUUUUAGCCUUGGGGAGAUAGAAUCCACUCUGCCCAGAAGCAAUGAUGGUAGUUGGAUGAAGACGCGAAGUAAAGUGAAACGUGAUGGGUGAUUGAAUGAGCGAACUCAGGCUUCAGAGUUGUGAUUUAUUUAUAGUCCAUGAGUUUCGGAUUCUUAACAAAACUUUGCAUUUUUAACAACAGCAGAAUUGGUAAAGUAGGGCAUAUUUUUGCUCCACCUCGAAAUACAUUUUCUAAUUUAUCUAUGAUGAGCGCGAAAGAAAUGUCUUUUUUACAUCCCUCUUUAAUUAUUAUUGUUUUGAAAUUUAAAACUAUCUAUUCUCCAUUUUAUAGAUUUACAUGAUGCUGUUUUGUAUUGCACAUACUAUUAACAUAUUCUACUGAGGUACUGCUCUUAGCUUCAUGCAGGCACUUCAUGUACAAUGAAAUACAUAACAUUUGGUCCUCCCAUGGAUUCUUCUAUCGGUUUAUAGCUUAUAACGACUUCUGGAGCAUCUCUCAGCCAGAAGCCCCCUGAGCGAAUAGAGAUAUAUUUGGUCCUCAGACUCAGAUAAGAACAGGGGCAAAGCGGCGUUGCCAAAUCUCCCUUCAAGCUGUGAUAUCAAUGAUAUGUGUAAGUAAAUAAUACUCUUAGCUUUUUCUUGACGAGCCUGUCAAGGUGCUACCUUAGCUUCCAUGCCUUGCUUUUACUUUCUGCCUUUUUGUACUUGUCCAUGGGAAAAGAAAUAGAAUCAGAGUGGUAUGGGCCGAAGAAUUCCCCCGUGCGUUUUAUCUACAUUUUGGCCUAAAUAGUUGAAGAUAACUUCAUAAAAUUCAUUAAUUUCGCUCCUAACAAACGACCAAUAGCGUUUGCUUUCUCUUGUCCGUUUCUUGUGAUGUUAUUGCCUCUCUCCUCCAGUGCAACCCCAUUCCAUAUUCCAGCUCAUAGGCCGUAGGACGCGUCUUUGUCAAGGUUUCAAGUUACGACCAAGCGGAGAACUGGAUCUACCGGAUAAACGGUGCAUCAAAGGAUAAUAUAGGGCUGUUACUCUGAAUUGAGAAUAUAACUGCAUUGUGAUAUUUUUACACUUUUACUUCUACGCACCUAAUCAAACUACGCUAUUGUAUAAUAUUAAAUAUGUUGGGAAAGAAUUGUAUAUUAUUGCAUUCAAUCUCAGCCAGACAGAACGCGCACAUAAACCCAUCGCAUAUGUGGUUAUAGGAAUGUCAUGGGCAUCUCUUAGAUGUUAAAAUGCCAUAUUUUUUCCUUCUCUCACAUAUAAUAGGUUUUCAUGCACUUAUAAAUUAUUGAAUAUACACAUACUAGAUGCCUCAUCAUGUUCAUCUCUUUUUCGACUUUGUUUACAUGUUUUCAAUGAAGUACCCUUUAUGCCAUUCGUUUAAUCAAUUUGUAUGACUUUGUGUGUUUGCCCCUUCCUUCUUAAAUAAAUAUGAAUACGGUUUGGUUGUGCCGAAUGGUAUUUUUCCUUGACUUGGCGUGGAGCCAGAUAGGAAGGUACAUGUACGACUUGUCUGUUCUACCUCUUAUCGUCUCACAUCAUGUGUCCUGUUGUAUGCCAGUGUGUAUUGUGAAGGAGUUGAUUUCGGAUUUGCCGUGUGAUUUCCAGUAUUAUGAAGUCUGAUUUGUCGGUGAAGGAAUAAAUGAAAACGAAAAGAUUUGACGCCAAA